AUGCUUGGCCCAAACUCGUUCGAUUUUUCUGCAAUCGAGACUGUUUUGGUCAACGUUGCAAACAGAAAUCAUCACGCUAUUGUCCGAGUAUAUGUUGAUUAUCCUGGAAGAAAUUUAAGUAUAUCUCUACCUGAUUUUCUUUGGAAUGGGCUUACGAUAUACUCUGGAGGUUCAGACCAAGGACUUUUUCCUGAUUAUAACAAUGAAACUCUGAUCAGUGCUAUGGUCACUCUCAUUCAUGCAUUAGGUCAAAAAUAUGAUGGAGAUAGUAGAAUUGGUUUUUGGCAAGUAGGUUUUCUUGGUCACUGGGGUGAAUGGCAUACCUAUCCUAAUGCAAGUAAUUUUGCUUCAACUGCUUACCAAAAUCAAAUCCUCUCUGCCUUUAAUUCUUCUUUUACAAAAACAAAAUUUCAACUUCGUUAUUUUCAUAUCACGGGAGACAACAAUGCGACAAGUUGGAAUGUAGGAUUUCAUGACGAUUCUUUCUUUCAAGAUACUUAUGGCGAAGCUUGGAUGUUCUAUGAAAGGAGUAUAUCAGUAGGAGCCGAUGCUCAAUGGAGAAGUCAGCCUAUAGGAGGCGAAGUUCGUCCCGAAUUGAUGCCUUGUGUAUUUACAAACGAUCCUGUAACGGCUUGUCAGACGAUAACUACACUGAAACCAUUAAACUGGAGCACUUGCGUACAACUGACUCACUCUUCUUAUCAGUGGCUGUCGUAUGCUUUCAAUAAUCCUGGUUUUUCUGGCUCGGACUAUGAUAGAGCUAUCAAUGGCUCUAUUAUGCAAGGUUACUCUUUCUUUGUAUCUGAAAUUACUGCAAAAGAGAUUACUUGUUCAGGAACUUCACAUGUUGUCAGAGUCAGUGUUACGAUGUCUAAUGUUGGUGUUGCACCUUUUUACUACCCACUUAUGCUCAAUACGAAAGCUGUUGAUACUACAACGGGAUCUUCCAUCUCAUUUAAAUCAAUCUCCGUUCCAAUCGUAAAUCAACUCGAUCAGAAGGCAUUUGUUUAUUAUUUCGAUAUGAUGGUCAAUACUAACACAACUAUACAGUUCUCCACUUGGCUUAGCAGUUCACAUCUUGUUGGAAAUCAAACGAUCGUGUUUGCUAUUUCGGGUGCUAGUGCUACAGGGGUUAUUCAACUUCCAGCAAUAUCUAUUGGAUCUUGUGCGACUCUGAACUCCAGUGCUGCUUGCACAUCUUACAUCGCCGAUGCUAAAGCAAAUGAUACUCGAGGUACUACAUACACCAUUAGUUCCGAUUCUAGUGUUUUCAAUAACCCGUGCGCUAUGACUUAG